CACCAUGGGCUUCGACCUGCUUCAUAGCCCAACUGUUGUUGCCGGCUUAAUCUUCACCACGUUUGUCGUUGUUGCGGUCUUCGUGCGGAAUGAAGCUCAGAAUCGCACAAAUGGAUUCGCCCCGCCAGUCAGAUAUCGCGCACUCGAUCCUUUCAUGGGCCUGGACUACGUCGUGAAGCUGUUCGGUGACAUUUCGGUCAUGCAGCGCAACCGCGUCCAGUAUGGAAAGACGUUUAUGAUUAAGCCUCUCAUCUCACCGCCGUCAAUCGUCACCAUAGAACCAGAGAAUAUCCAGAGAAUAUUUGGCAGCGUGGAUGGCGAUUACAGUGUUUUCUGGCGCAGAGAACCUUUCGUUCCGUUCACCGGUCGAGGUAUAUUGACUGAGGAUGGCGACGGCUGGCGUCUUCCGCGGAAGCUGUAUAGGCCGGCAUUUGCGAAGACCAAUAUUGCCAACUUCGACUUUUACAGCCGCAUGGUGGACGACUUCAUGGAGAAGAUACCUGGCAAUGGCAAGACUGUCGAUUUGCAUCCGCUGCUGCUGGGAGCGUUCAUGAACAACGCUCUGAAUUUCACACUCGGCUACGACACCAUGAACCCGCACCCAGACGCCCCGUUAUCGCGCGACCAGUUCGAAAGUAUCUGGGCCGAUGGCAUGCAGGGCAUUGCCUUCCGCAUCCUGACUGGCCGCCUCAUCUCCCUGUUUCCCAUGACAAAGUUUAAGCAGGCAUGUCGUCAGGCUCACCAGUUCGUGGAGUUCCACAUCCAGCAAGCUCUCAAAACGAAUUCUGAGAAGAAUAAGAGCCAGGUUGGCGUAGAAUUGCUCCUCGCACAGACUGAAGACCGAACGCUGGUCCGCAAUAUGCUGGUACAGGGCAUCAUUGGGGCCCAGGAUACGACUUCGGUGCUUGCCAGCAAUACAAUUCAUUUGCUUGCGCGCCACCCGGCAAUUUGGAAGGAGCUCCGAGAGGAGGUAUUGAGGCGUGGAGGCGACCUGUUUACUUUUGAAGCUUUGCGCAGUAAUGAUAUCAUACAAAACAUACUCUCCGAAUCGCUCCGCCUCCGCCCUGUGUUCCCCGCAGUUGACCGCGUCGCCGUCCGUGAUACCACCCUCCCAACUGGUGGCGGUAAAGACGGCACUUCUCCCAUAAUAGUGAAAUCAGGAUGGCGCGUGCAGCCCGCGUUCUACGCCCUGCACCGAGAGCCGUCCGUCUACGGUCCUAAUGUGGAGGAGUUUGAUCCCCAUCGCUGGAAGACCAUCAAGCCGUCGCAAUGGGAGUUCAUGGCUUUUGGUGGAGGACCAAGAAACUGCAUGGGUAGGGAGAAGAGUCUAGUCGAGGCGGCGUACUUGCUAGCGAAGCUUGCGGGCAAGUAUGAGACGCUGGAGGCUAGGGAUGACAAGCCUUGGACUGGACUGAUGACGUUCACAUGCGCCAACAAGCAUGGCUGUUUGGUCGCG